AAAGAGGGCGGGGGAGGGGGGGAGGUGUGUGGUUCGGGGGGUUGAGAAGUAUGGGAUUAGGGAUACACAAUCUUAUACCCAAAUCUCAAAUCAGCCCUCAAAGUUGUUCUUGUCUUUUUCAGUCGUUGUUCAGCAAAAACAGAAAGCUACACAACAAUGCUAUGAUUGACCCACCAAUGGUUCUGAUUAAAUGGGCUAUAUCAGUCUAAUCAGAAUGACAAAAUUGAUGGCACUUGGCAACAGUUUAUUCUUCUUGGUCGUAGUGGCUGCUGAUAUGUUAAUAUUGAUUCAGUCCCACUCCAAAUUUUCUUUUUCAUUCCUGUCUUUUUGUGUUCCUUUGUGCCCAAUUCGAGAUGAAGCAGCCUGCGUCUGACUUCAAGCAAUCUUGAAUCUGGUUUGAUUAGCACCGAGUCUUGAGACUCAGCAAGGACUCGAUGAUGGAUCACAUGGACACGCUGUGUCAAGAAACGUGGGCAAAAUCUUCAUCUUCUGGUAAUGAAUUAGCGAAAAACAUUCCCACCAAGAAACCAUCUUUUACCAAUUAUAAUUUGGACUCGCAUCAACAUCAGCAGAAGUGGGAAGAUACCUCUAUCUUUGGCAUUAGGACAGAUACCCCUUUCCAAGAAUUCAAUCCACAAUCCGAAACCCAAUCUUUGCUUCCUUCCAAUCCCAAUGAUCAUAUCAAAAUAGUGGAUCGAAAAAAUAGUCAAAUUAAUGAAACACUUCAAAUCAACAAAAUCCCAGAUUGGGAUCCAAGGGCUAUGCUUAAUAAUCUCUCUUUUCUUGAGCAAAAGAUCCAUCAAUUACAAGAUUUGGUGCAUUUGAUUGUUGGCCGGAGGAGUCAGGUUCCAGGACAGCCAGAAGAACUUGUAACCCAGCAACAGCAACUCAUAACGGCUGAUCUCACUUCAAUUAUUGGACAAUUGAUAACUACUUCAGGUAGUCUUCUUCCAUCUGUGAAGCAUACACUUUCUGCAACCACUCCUCCUCUUGGACAGCUUGGGGGGAUUCUUUUCCCCUCUGGAACAGGCAUGAAUAGUAGACUACAGCGACAACAUAGUAGUGGAACUAAAGUCUCUGAUCAGUCCAACCAAAUGGAUGUUACAGGUAAUUAUGGGACUGAGCAGAACUACUCUAUUGAAGAACAUGAAAUGAAAGAAGAAGACGAUGCUGACGAAGGGGAGAACCUUCCACCUGGUUCCUAUGAGAUCUUACAACUAGAAAAAGAAGAAAUCCUUGCACCGCAUGCUCAUUUCUGCACAAUAUGUGGGAAAGGGUUUAAGAGGGAUGCAAAUUUACGGAUGCAUAUGAGAGGUCAUGGGGAUGAGUACAAAACUCCUGCAGCACUUGCAAAACCCAACAAGGAAGCCAGCUCUGAGCCAGUGCUCAUUAAGAGGUAUUCCUGUCCAUUUGCCGGUUGCAGGCGGAGCAAGGAUCACAAAAAGUUUCAAGCUUUGAAGACUAUUUUGUGUGUCAAAAAUCAUUAUAAGAGAACUCAUUGUGACAAGAGCUACACUUGCAGUAGAUGCAACACCAAGAAAUUCUCAGUCAUUGCAGACCUCAAAACUCAUGAGAAGCAUUGUGGCAAGGAUAGAUGGCUUUGUUCAUGUGGUACAACUUUUUCAAGGAAAGACAAGCUUUUUGGGCACAUUGCUCUCUUCCAAGGUCAUACUCCUGCUAUUCCGCGUGAUGAAACGAAAGGACUAUCUUCUGGGCCAUCUGAUAAAGGGGAAGAAAAUGAUGUAUCAAACAAGGUUGGAAGUACAAAUUAUAGUUUUGGCUCCAGUGAUGCUACUGGAAGUGGAGCUCAGAAUAUUAUGGAUGUGAAGGUGGGUGUUGAUGAUCCUGCUAGUUAUUUCUCGCCAUUGAACUUCGAUACUUGUAAUUUUGGUGGAUUUCAUGAGUAUCCUUGACCUCCAUUUGAUGAUUCAGAAAGUUCAUUCUCUUUUCUUAUUUCUGGUUCUUGUAAUUACAGUCAGAAAACUGGAGGAGCGUCAAACUCUAGUAAUCUUCAAUGAUGUUCUUGGUAUUUUAAUAUUUGCUUGUGUAAGUUUAUCCUAGGUUUCUAAUUGAUGUUAAAUUUUAUUUGGAAGGUGUCCCAUGUAAUUUCAUUAGUUUAAAAAAAUGGACUUCCUUAGACAUUAAA